CACCCCCUUUUAUAGAUGGAGAAACCAAGAAACAGAGUCGGGAAGAGGCUUUCCCCUAGGUCACACAGCCAGCUAGGUUUCUUCAAAGGGCAGGAGAGACUGGCUGGGGUGGGGCACCUUAACCACAGGGUUAGGCCCUCCUCUCCUUCCUGAGUCCUGUUCCCUUGCCCCUUCUUCCCCCAAGCCAGUGGAAGGCCCAGAGCUGCAGGUGGCAGGUCCUGCGGAGGGAAGAUGGGGCCGGGCUGGAGCUCAAGACUGCUGGCACUAAGUCUGCUGUUUCCUGUAGACCCCUUAGGUACCCUUACCUUCCUCCUCCUCGGCCAGGGGCUCCCCAGCUGUAAGGGAAUUCGCAUUGUUGGGGGCCGGGAGGUCAAGCCACACUCCAGGCCUUACAUGGCUUCCUUGCGCUUAAAGGGUGAACAUCACUGUGGAGGAGUGCUCUUCAUGGCCCAGUGGGUGUUGACAGCGGCCCACUGCCUCUUCAACAGAGAAAGAAGCCUUGUUCAGGUAGUUCUGGGUGCCCACUCCCCCAGCAACCCUGAGCCCACUCAACAGGUGUUCGACAUCCAGAGAGUUAUUCUGCACCCGGACUAUAAUCCACUGUCCCAUCAGAAUGACAUCUGCCUGCUGAAGCUAAGCCGCAAGGCUGUUCUCAGCUCCUCGGUGGGACUACUGAAGCUACCCAGGGCGGGUGUCGACCCCAAGCAGGGCACAAAGUGCCUGGUGUCCGGCUGGGGCUCUCUGUCUGAUUUUGGGGAGUCCCCGCCGGGUCUGAUGGAGGCAGACGUGAGUGUGCUGGGUCGGGAGACCUGUAACAGCUCCUGGAAAGGCCAAGUGAGCAGCACGAUGCUUUGUGCCAACAGCGGGAACUGGAAACGCAAUGGCUUCUGCACGGCUGACUCAGGAGGGCCCCUGAUCUGUGGAAAACAUGCCCAGGGGAUUGUCUCCUUCUCUGGCACUUGGUGUGGAGACCCCAAGACCCCAGAUGUCUAUACACUUGUCUCUGCCUACAUCCCCUGGAUCCAGAAUGUGACCCAUAAAUCCAAAUAACCCACUGUUACCCCUUUAACUCCUCCCCAUCCUAGUGUCGGAUAUAUUUCCUGACCUGAAGCAAACAAGAUACUAAAGAUAAGUGUGUAUCAAUUA